AUGGCAUUCGCACGUUGGAAAACACCACUCUCCUACCUCGGCCUCGCAACACUUGCCUACACGAGUCUCCAACUCACCAGCGAAGCAACCACUUUUCUCCUCCCCUCAACCCUUCAAACAUACAACCCCACAAACAAUAACUGGGCACUCGUAACCGGCGCAACAGACGGGAUCGGAUUCGGAUUCUGCCAGGAGCUCUGUUCACGCGGAUUCAACGUAAUCCUCCAUGGUCGAAACGCGAAGAAGCUUGAGCGACGCGCGCGCGAACUAGAAGCCGAGUUCCCGAGAUGCAAGACAGGGAUUGUGGUUCUAGAUGUCGUGGGAGUGAAUUCCAGCAUUGAUGAAAUCGCAACACAAGUACAUGAGAUAUUGAAGCAAAAUGGAGGGUAUCUAAGUGUACUUGUGAAUAAUGUGGGCGGGGAUGCGAAGCCGUAUACCUUGUUAGAUGGGAACACAUUUGCAGAGGCACAAGAGACUAUGGACAAGAACGCUGUGUUCAUGUUACAUAUUACGCGGGUCUUAAUUCCCCUACUUGAAGAGGGAGAACGCGGACUUGUUAUGAAUAUCUCGUCGGUAUCCGCCUACGGAAUGCCGUACAUCAGUGUUUAUUCCGCAUCGAAGGGCUUUGUCGAGACCUUUACGCGGGCGCUUGAAGCGGAGUGUGUUGCCGCGGGCAGGCAUGUAGACAUCAUGGGUCUACGAGUUGGAACAGUGAAAACAGCCGGGUUUGAUAUUGCGACAAAUCUGUUUGUUCCAACUGGACGAGUAUUGGCGUCGGCCGGAUUAAAUCGGGUUGGAUGUGGCCAAGUUAUCCCAUACGCAUAUUUCUGGCAUUGGCUUCAGGGAUUGAGUUUCUAUGCCGUUCCCCGGAGGAUGUUGAUGAAUAUCACUGUGAAGAAGAUGAUGUCGUUGAAGGCGGAACAGGAAUCAAAGGAGAAACAAGGAUGA